CCGCAUUUGCUGCUCAUUGUGUUAGGUUUGAGUUUAAAUAAACACAAUUUGGUUAAAACAAAAACAAAAAACAAAAACAAGAGCAAAACAUAAAACUGCCAAAAAGGAUCGCAAUGUCUUCAAAGUCAUAACGAACGAAUCCUUGUGUCAUUUUGCCUUUUUUUUUUCAAAAACUCUCGCUCUGUCUUUUAUUCCAGUUUUGAAUAAACGCAGAGUUUGUUCUUCAUCAGAAGAAGACCUCAAAGACUGACCAUGUUCAGUUAAGGAGCUUCAACAAUAUAUAUAUAUACCAAUAUAUUCUUCCAAAAAGACAUAUAUAUAUAUAUAUAUAUUUGUUUCUAUACAGUUGAGUAUCUUUAAAAUACUCUCGCAUAUAAGACAGGAUGUUCAGUUGAGUAUCUUUAAUACUAUAUAAUAUAAUAUAAAUAUAUACACUCCUUCGGUUAAACUCCUUCUUUGUGUUAAACGAUCACCAAUGUUUAUUUAUAUAUCGUAUUUAAAAAAUACUUGAUAAAACAACCGUUGUGGAUUUCCCCCCCCCCCAUUUCGCUUCGAUUUCACUUCGUUUCAUUUAAAUACGUCUUGUGGAGGAAAGGCAUGAAUGUCAUCACUUCAAAUUUGAUCUUCUUGAAAUUUUCGGACCUUUCGUUCGUCUAACCGAACGAAUAACAUAGAAAUACCAUCAAUCAGUUUUACUGGAUGAGUGACUAACCUACUCCGCUCCUCCCGGUUGGAACCGCUCCACUUCACUUUCACUUUGCAGUUAACAAAUAACCACCCUAGGGUGAGGCGAGGCAUGAACAUCACAACUCUACGUCUGCUUCGAUCGUUAAAAGAAACGUCUCAGUAAAAACCAAACAAACCAACUAAAUAAACAAACGAGCAGAUAUACCAACAACGACAAUAAUAAUAACCGUCAUUUGUGGAAUUCGAAACCUGUUCAAGGUACAAAUGAGAGGACGGUAGGUACAGCUGUACCCACUUAUAAUCAGUAGAGUUUAUAUUUGAUUUGAUUUAUUUAAUCAUUUAUAUUAUUUAGUUUACUCAUCACACACCCCCAUUUGUUUUUAUUAUCAAUCCUGCACUUUUCGAAUUUAUGUUUGAUUAUUAUUUUAAUCCUUAUUUGUAAACCAAAGACCAUUUGCUUCAUUGAAUGUGGAUUUAAUUCUGAAAUAUUCAGUCAGAAGAGGAUUAAAAUAACAUAACUAUCCCUACGUAUAUAUAUAUGUGUGUAUAUACUCACACAGAUACAUGUAAUUGUGCUAUACAAACAUUAUAUGUAUGUAUAAAUAGACACAGCUUGAACGACAUGUAAUUGCAUAUAUACCUACAUAUAUAUAUACCUACAUAUAUAUUCAUGGACAGAAAGUGGUCCGUUAUCUGCAUAGAUGAAUAAUAAACGAGUUUAAAUUAAUCAUACUAUAUGCAAACCGAUACACAGAAAAACAGAUAUUUGAUGUACUGAUCUUAGAUCUUUAUAAUACAUAAAUCCACACAUACGCGUACAACAAAAUUCGAACAUAAACAUUCGUUUUCAUACAUAUAUAUAUAUAUAUAUAUACACAUAUCUUUAAAAGACUUUUGUACAUACAUCUUAAUAUAUACUUAUAUAUAAACAUCUCUGUAUAUAUAGAUCUAAAACUUAGUUCUUCUAAAAUAUAAAUAUAUUAUACACAUAUAUAUAUAUUAUAUUUGAAAAACAUCAAUAAUGGAUGUUGAUGUUAAAUCCAUUGUACACGAUGUAUUCACUAACGAAAUCUUUGCCCAAGAACUUUCCGACAUCAGCAAAGAAAUAUGGACAAACCCUGAAUUAGGAUUCAAAGAAUACAAAGCUCAUGAUAUACUGACGAAUUUUCUCGAAAAUUACGGCCUAACAGUUGAAAGGAAAUACAUUCUUUCGACUGCGUUUCGGGCGACAUUCGAAACAGCUGGGUCAGAGAAUGGGCCACACAUUGCUAUUAUGUGUGAAUACGAUGCUCUGCCCGAUAUUGGUCACGCUUGUGGUCACAAUUUAAUAGCCGAAGUUGGAAUUGCUGCAGGAGUGGCGCUGAAAACUGCUAUGGACGAUGAAGGAAACAAACUAACUGGAAAGCUGACGGUACUUGGCACACCAGCUGAGGAAGGCCUUGGUGGUAAAGUGAAGUUAAUUGAUGCUGGAGCUUUAGAAACUGUUGAUGUUGCUAUGAUGGCCCACCCUUCAAACAAGUCAAUUUGGCGACCCAAAUAUUUAUGUCUUCAAGGGUUGAAUAUCCAGUUCACAGGCAAAGCAUCCCAUGCCUCUAGCGCCCCCUGGAAUGGCGUCAAUGCUUUGGAUGCUGCUGUUCUUUGCUACCAGAACAUUUCUUGUUUACGACAGCAGAUGAAGCCGACAUGGAGAGUCCACGGGAUUAUUAAGAAUGGUGGAAUUGCUCCAAAUAUUAUUCCAGAAUUUUCAGAAAUGGAAUAUUUCAUUCGUGCACCGAUCAAAGGGGAACUCGAUACGAUUGUGGACAAAGUUAUCUGCUGCGCGAAUGGAGCUGCCACUGCAACAGGUUGCUCUCUGAACUACAAACUAAUACAACCUGGUUAUUGGUCUUUGAUAUCCAACAAUACACUUGCUGAUCUCUUUGAGAAGAACUCCAAAACACUGAGCCUGGAAGAGGAUUCCGGUCUGGUGAGAUAUGGUGGUUCCACAGAUAUGGGCAAUAUCUCACACAUUGUGCCCAGCAUACACCCGAAAUUUGACAUUGGAGCUCGUUGUCAUCAACACACCAGAGAUUUCGCUACUGCUGCAGGAAGCCCUGAUGCUCAGGAAAUCACUCUGAAAAUUGCCGAAUGUAUUGCACUCACGGCCGUUGAUAUUCUGCAGAAUCCGUCCCUGGUGCAACAAAUGAAGUCUCAACUGCAAGAAGAUUUAGUUCAAGAACACUCAACGAAAUAAACUUUCCAUUCCCCAUUCCCUUCUCCUUAAAAGGAAAAAACUUUAUAAUGAACAUCACAACUCCUUUUGAUUCCGUAUCUCUCCUAACUUUCCUUCUGAGAUUCUAGAAUUCUUUCUUUGGUUUUUCUUUUUUUUUUUCUUUUUCUAAAUUCCAAGAAAUAGCACAUUUUCAUCUUUAAGCAUAUGUGUGUUGUGUGUUGUGUCUAGAUGUAUAUGAGUGUAUACAGACAUAUUUGUAUAUAUAUUUAUGUGUGAAUAUAUAUA